GUUUCGUUUUCAGUUCUGAAAACUUGGGUGAAAUGAAAGUAAACCUCAGUCCGCCGCCGGUGAUGAGAAGAUGCAUCGUUUUUAUUCACUCAAUAUGUCACCGUUUAUUACGGGCGUUUUUCUCUGGUGUUACCGAAGAGGUGGCGGCGGGUGUUACAAUAUACUCUGCUGGUUUUGGCAAUUUGUUCCGUUGUUCUUCCGGAAAAGGCUCGAAAUCGGUGUCCGUUCGUUGCUCUGGUGGAGGAAUGACGGAAGGGCUGCAGACCCGGGAGAAAGGGAUGUUGAGACGUCUGAGACGCUCGUAGACCCCACUGAUGAGUUUUACUGUAGCUAUGAUUCAACGUGGGAGGACGAACCGAGUCAGAACAGAAGCAUAGAAAUGUCAUCAUUACCACGCAGCAACAGAUAUAAGUUCCGCAGGUUUCAGAAUGCCGCAAAAGACAUGCAGACCUACAGGCACGACUACCCGAACCAACCCAGGGAUCAACACUUAAGCAAACCUGAAGCCAGGCCCAAUUUGAUGUUCUAUCUCGGACAGGACCCCUGUUUACCGGAUGGUCUCCACAUAUCUGAUAUCCAUAAAGAAUGGCAUGGGGACUAUAACAAACUGGAGUAUGUGCACACCUAUAUUCAGUGGUUGUUUCCUUUACAAGAACCAGGGGUGAACUCUGAGGCCAGCAUCCUAACGAAACAGGAAAUUACGGAUUUUCUUAACAACAGCUUUGCAAAGAAAAACCUGCUGAAGUCAUACAAGCUCAUGUUGGAUUUCUAUGGUAUUGAGUUGAUCAACGAGAUAACAGGAGAUGUGAGGAAAACAGAGAACUGGAUGGAGAGAUUUGAUAACUUCAACAGGCACACACACAACAGCUUGCGCAUAACCCGGAUCUUGAAGUGCCUGGGAACGCUGGGUUACCGUGACUACCAGGCUCCUCUGGUGAAAUUCUUCCUGGUAGAAACUCUUGUUAACGGACAACUUCCAAAUAUCAAAGAAAGUGUCCUUAAUUACUUUGUGUUUGCUGUCCUUGAUAAAAAGAAACGCAGAAAUCUCCUGAAGUUUGCCUAUGAAAAUUACGAACCUAAAGAGGAGUUUGUGUGGUGCCCAAAGAAAAUCCAGAUGUUCUGGUUACAGCAGAUGAAAAUACAAAAUGGUAGGGAGAAGAGCCCUUAGAUCUGCUGCUUCUCACGAGGAUGUAGCCAGAAACGUGCACUGUGAAUUAAAUUGAGGGUUAUGCAAAAUCUAAUUGUAACACACUGUGUUAAAUUUCUACUGAACCUUACUGACCUGCACAUGGAGAAUGAAAAGUGUUUUUCCAGAAAAAACAAAUGUUUGUAAUUAUUCUGUAAUUUUGCUGAUCUUUUGAUGUGGAUGAAAACAUUGAGGAUAUGAUGCAGAUUAGUCCUGAGUUGUGAUGAAGCGGUUUGUUUAUUCUUUGUUUGGUUUUGUUGUUGCAAUGUCAUACUUUUAAUUAAACUUAAUUUCAUACCAAAUCCAAAAUACUCUAUUGACUGUUCUAUUGUAAAACAAAGUGCAUUUAAAGAUUUAUCUGACAGAUGUAUUUGACUUUGAUCUGCCUGGUUAUUUUGUUUAUUUAAAUCUGUUGCACUAAAAUAAAUUAACAUUGUUUCGCUUC